AUGCUAAAAGAUCAAUCAAAAAUUUUAGAAUACGACAAAGAGGUUAAGAGCCUCAUUGACAACGGAAUUGCUGAAAUUGUGCCCAAUAUCGAGUCUUCUAGGCCGAUUUAUUACAUGCCGCAUAAACCUGUUUAUAAAGAAAAUAAAAGCACAAUGAAAGUGAGAAUCGUUUUCGAUGCGUCUUCGAGCGAAUCCGGCCAUACUUCGCUGAAUGAUCACCUUAGCGAAGGUUCUAAUCUCCUUGCCGACUUAUUCACAAUGCUACUACGUUUUAGGGCAAAUCGUAUCGCUGUGGUGCGCGAUAUAGAGAAAGCAUUCCUUCAGAUUUUACUGGAUGAAGCCGACAGAGAUACCCAUCGUUUUUUAUGGUACAAGUCAUGUCCAAGCGCAGAUCAACAUAAGCCAGAUCUGGCAAUCUAUCGUAUGACUAGGGUUACAUUUGGCAUAACAUCCAGCCCUUUCCUAUUAGCUAGCACUAUACGUAAUCAUUUGGAUGAAAGUUUAAAAAGUAAUAGCGUGCUGUGUGAAAAACUCAAAGCGUUGUUUUACGUAGACGAUCUUAUAUUCAGCGAACCAACCAAAGAAGCAGCAUUGCAUGUUGCUAAACAAGCUCAAACCGUGAUGGAAGCUGCGAAAUUUAACUUAAGGAAAUGGAACUCUAACGACGUGGACGUAAGGCGAGAGCUUUCUACAGAGGAAGUAGGCAUAGCAGAGCAAAAAAUUCUUGGGUUGGCAUGGUGCACAGUAAACGACAAAAUUUCCGUAGAUGUAAAAUCUUGUAAUGAUUAUAUCCAAACACUACGAGCUACAAAACGUAACGUUUUAAAAGCAAUGGCCAAAAUUUACGACCCGUUGGGGCUAUUGGGCCCAUUCACAGUUAGAAUAAAAAUUCUACUGCAAGAAGUUUGUCGUCAAAAGAAAGAAUGGGAUGUCAUAAUGGAUGGCGAAACUCAGAGUGCAUUUUCACAGUGGCAAGAAGAGCUUGCAUUACUAGAAACUUUCUGUGUUGAUCGAUGUUUGUCAGCAGGCAGUGAAUCGAUAUUGGAAUUGCACAUCUUUUCUGAUGCGAGCCCGAAGGCGUAUGGAGCAGUGGCUUAUUGUCGACAAAUAAUGCCAACCGGACGAAUUCUCACUAAUAUUGUGUGCUCAAAAAAUCGAGUAAGCCCAAUUUCCGAAAAUAAUAAGGAAGUAGAAUUAACGUUACCUAAAUUGGAGUUAACAGCAGCUUUGAUGGCAGCAAGAUUGAAAGAAACCCUUGUAAAAAGCUUGUGCGUUAAAAUAUCCGCAGUUUAUUUGUGGACGGAUUCAAGUAUUGCAUUAAACUGGAUAAAUGGCUGUGGGCGAAAACCUAAACCGUAUAUAAAGGCAAGAGUAGCAGAAAUUAACCAAAUGUCGAACAUAUAUGAUUGGCAUCAUUGUUCCGGCAAGCUUAAUCCAGCGGAUUUGCUAACCAGAGGUAUAAAGGCGAAAAAUCUGCUUGAGUCCAAUAUUUGGAAGUUCGGGCCAAGCUGGCUUCGAGAAAAUGAAGAAAACUGGCCAGCGAAGCUUGAAAUUCAUAGAUCAUCAGUUUUGAAUACUGCCAAUCACAUCGAGCGAAAAAAGCUAGUAAUUGCACCAAUUACUACCAUUGAAAAUUAUAGCAGUCUAAAAAAGCUUUUAAGAGUAACUGCAUACGCAUUUCGUUUUGUAAAACGUUCUAAGAGAAAGUCGACAAACCAACAGUUAGGCAAUCGAAAGUGUAUACAAUAUUGUGAAGUCGAUGAAAUAACGUUUGAAGAACUACAAAAAGCCGAGAUGUACUGGAUCGAACACACGCAGCGAAAUUUUUACAGCAAGGAGUACGAAAUAUUAUCGAACGGACAAUAA